AAUGUCAAAGAAAUAUGAUUUUCUCGUUAUUUUUAUACUAGCAAUAUUUCAAUAUUUAAUGUUAUCGAAUACCUUACAAAAUUUCGAUAUGGAUGUGGAUUCUGAAUGCGGAUACGGCAUAAAACUUGGUCACAUUGUACUUGUAGUGAUAAAAAACGUAAAUAAAAACACCGAUGUUUGUACUGGAGCGAUAGUGACUUCCACGAUUAUUGCAACAUCCGGGGGAUGUUGUCAUUCAGCUCGUUCGAUUUCCAUCAAAGCUUUUUACAAUUACACCAUUAAAAAAUGGAUGCAAACUCGAACUGUCUUCAGUACCAGUGUUUUAGCGCGUCAGGAUAAUACUCUUCCAAUGGAUUAUCUCUGCAUUAUGAAACUUGAAACCGAAUUGGAUCUAAACAAGAGAACUAAUAAGAUCGAAUUUUAUAAUGAUUCCCUGACCCAAGAUCACGUCGUUGAUAUUAUAGCGAUUUUGUACUUGAAAGAGCAAGAUAAAUACAAAGUUGUGUGCCAUGUAGCUGAAAUUGAAAGAAAUCAAUCUUGUAGCGAAUAUUAUCGAGAAAACUUUGAUAAUUCCAGUUGGCACCCCUGUUUUACAAAUGCAUUUCUUAAGACGCAAUCAUGUUUGGGUGUUGAUGGUGCCGUAAUUCAAUAUGAUAAUAAAAUGAUUGGACUAUUAAAACAUUUUUUGGAAAAUUGUUCAACCGCUAAGUACGGAUUCAUACAUAUGUUUAGUGCAAACGCUGAAUUUAUAAAAAUGAUUAUUACCGAAGGUAAAUAUAAACGCCACCAUUAAAAAGAAUUAAUAAACAAUUUUGAAAACAAACAUGGAAUUAUCUUUUCUUUAGUGGCGGAGUUAAUCACAUUUUAUUGAAAUAAGUACUAAAAAUUAAAUACGGUAAACCC